AUGCAGAAGUAUCCCAACCCCAUGAACCCCAGUGUGAUUGGAGUGGAUGUUUUGGACAGAGACAUUGAAACAGGACGCCUCCACAGUACAAGACUGCUGAGCACGGAGUGGGGUCUACCGUCUAUAGUGAAAUCUAUCAUUGGUAACUCACGAACAUACACAUAUGUUCAAGAGCACUCGGUCGUGGAUCAAGAGAAGUCUUUCGAGCUUCAGUCCACAAAUGUGAGUACUCAUCACUUUCACAACAUGGUGUCUGUGGAUGAAAAGUUAACAUAUAAACCACAUCCUGAGGAUAAAGACAGAACAAUCCUGACUCAGGAGGCUAUCAUCUCUGUAGGAGUCAGUCUCAGCAGUUACUUGGAGGGAGUUAUGGCGAGCACAUCUCUGCUAACGCUGGAAAGGGCCGUGAGCCAUGGAGUGGGUAUCAGGCGACUGAAUGCAGAGAUCGAGGAACUGGCAGCCACAGCACGUGGGACCAUGCGCACCCCCUGGCGGCUGCGGUCACUGGAAAUGACACCCACCUCUCUUUUCCCGCAUGUUUGA